AAUAUAGAGGUUUCCUAGGUCAUUCCGGAAAAAGAAAAUUGUAUCCAUCAUUUCUUGACAACGUUAGUCUUAACUUCUCACGAAACACCACAAAAUUAAAAAUAUUUGAAUACAUUUAAAAUUAUAAAAUAUUUUCUUAAUUUUAUGUGAAUAUAAACAAAUUAAAAUCAUUGGCACAGCUGAUCAUGGAUCAAAUACCACAGGUUCACAGAUUCCCAGACCCAAAUCGCCCCACGUGACAGCCAGCACCUUUUCCUUGUGAAUUUAUCUCAUCUUUUUCAUCUGUGUGAAGUUGUUAAACUCAUCCCUCUUCUCACUUUUCUGAAAAAAUCAGAUACAACAACAAUGACGAUCGUUGAAGGGGCCUCCAAAUCCGAUUCGCACUUCAUUUUCACAUACGGAACCCUAAAGCGCGGAUUCCCAAACCAUCGCCUGAUGGAAAAUCUAAUCAGCGGCGGCGACGUCGUCUUCAUCGGUGAGUACACGACGGUAGAGACCUUCCCACUCUGUUGCGGGCCCUACGGAAUCCCGUACCUGAUCAACAUCACCGGAUCUGGUCACCGGAUUCGGGGCGAGCUCUACAAGGUGAAUAACAGUGGGCUAGGACCACUGGAUGAUUUGGAAGGGAUCGAGAUAGGUCACUACGAGAGGCUGCCGGUGACCGUCGUUGGUGACGGCGGUGAGACGGUGAUGGCGGAGGCGUAUUUCGCACAUAGGAGCUUUGGGGAAGGGAUGUGGAAGAGGUGUGGAGAAGUAGGGAUUGAGGAGUUUAGUAUGGAAGUAGGGAAGAAAUAUGAGAGGAAAGAAAAAAGGCCUUCCAAUCACGAUUUUCUUCAAGAUAUCAGAAAUUUUAUCUCCAAUGGUGAUUGAGAUUGUGAUUUUCUUUUUUUUAUAUCAUUGUGACUGGUGCUAUCAUUUCUAUUGCAAAAAUGUUUUAAAUAAUUUCUUACUAUUUUAUUAUUCGAUUUUAGUAUUAUCUAA